GGUAUUUCUACCAUUUCUAGCAGAUCAGUGAUCAGAAGAGCAGCAUAUUACUGACAACACUUCUUAGUGCUUCAUAGUCUAAUUUCCUCUUUAACCCGGUCUAAACGAUGACCCACUACGAGGUGGUGAAUGUCCGCGGAUAUGAAGACUUCUGUCAGGCUGUGUCUGAGAGGAAAGGAAAGGAUAUCUUUGCUUAUUUCUCUGGUAAUAAAGACGCCCAAGGAAAUAGCUGGUGUCCAGACUGUGUGAAAGCGGAGCCAAUUGUUAAAAAACAGCUGAGUCAUCUUCCUGAGGGCUCUGUCUUCAUCUACUGUCAAGUUGGAGAAAGAGCCUAUUGGAAGGAUUCAAGUAAUGACUUCAAGAAGACGCUGAAGUUGAGUGGAGUUCCCACGCUGCUGCGAUACGGCACACCUCAGAAGUUGGUGGAGGAAGAGUGCUUCAAAUCAGAACUGGUGAGGAUGAUGUUCACCGAAGACUGAGGGAUCCUGUGGUGCCGGUCACAUCAUUUCACAAUUUCUCCACUGUUAAACAGUAAUAUAUUUACCACCAUUCAAUUCCAGCAUUGUUGACAACCAUACACAAAAUCCAUCUCCUUCUGUAACGUGAUGCAAAUCAACUGUGUAAGUUUACAACCAAAGUAACGAGCAUCCCCCAUAAGACACAGCUAAUCAUUAUUGAUUCUAUACUGAAACAUCUACAAAGACAAACCUGUAGAAUGGAUGUAACUCAUACUAUUAUCUUAUCGUGCUGCUUUAUGUGCAAUCACUCAAUCCUGAUUUGUAAUUUUAGCUUUAUACAUUUCUUCAAAUGUAAUCUAACACCGGAGCUGUCCUUUGACUAAAGAAAUUCUGAGUCGAAUAACA